CGUGACGCUCUGCGCCUGCGCACUGUGUCCGGCUAUGCUGACAGUGACCCGCGCGGCCCCUGACUCGCUGCCUGUGCUCCGCGCGCUCAUGUCUCGCGCCCCGCCCACCGCCCCGCCCCCGCCGGGAGCCCGCCCCCCCCGCUCGGUGCUGGGGACCAUGGAGUUCGGGCGGCGGAUGGACGCGCGGGCCGCGGGGGACUCGGUGAGGGAGUUCACACAGCGCGGCCAUGACGAGCUGGACUCCGCCUUCCUGUAUGGCGACGGCGAGACCGAGCGGGUCCUGGGGAGCCUGGGCCUGGGCCAGCGAGGUAACCACGCCCACCGGGGGGAGCGGCCAAUCACUGAGCGGGGGGCGGGGCUUAGCUCCAGCAUUCAUAGAGCGCCAACAUAGUCCGCAGCGCUGUACACCCCGCUUAGCUAUUCACUAAAGGGCGAGAUUUACAGAGUGUCUGAGCGCAGGCCGGCACUGACCGGGUUAAUGACGUCAUAAACAGUGUGCACCAUAACCACUUCAUGGCUCCGCCCCAUCGUACCCAGCCCCCCUCCCUGCUCCGCCCCCGAUACCCAGCCCCCUCCCCGCUCCGCCCCCUCAUACCCAGCCCCCCUCCCUGCUCCGCCCCCGAUACCCAGCCCCCUCCCCGCUCCGCCCCCUCAUACCCAGCCCCCCCCUCAUACCCAGCCCCCCUCCGCUCAAGCCUCUUGGCCCCCUCCACGGCAAAGCCCCGGCGGCCCCUCCCAGCCCCCGCGCCCAGCCCCUCCCGGCUCCGCCCCAGCACCCAGCCCCCCCUCAGGCCCCUGAUGCCCAGCCCCCUCAGCCCCAUGGGUACUUGGCCCCCUCCCGGCUCCAGCCCUUUGCCCAGCCCCCUCGGCUCCAUGCCUUACCCCGGCCUCCUGCUCAGCCCCGGUGCCGGCCCAGCCCCCUCUCCCUGCUCCAUUUCGCGCCCGGCCUCAAAACAAGCCCCUCGCCCCCCUCCCGGCUCCGCCCCCAUACCCGGCCUAAGCCCCAGCGGCCCCUCACCUGCACGUGCCCAGAUUACCCCUCCCGGCUCAGCCCCCCUGAUGCAGCCCCCUCCCGCUCCAGCCCUUUGCGCGGCCCCCUCCCGACCAUUUUGUACUGGCCCAUAAAGCACAGUGCCCGAUUCUAUAAAACUCGGCCCCUCCUUACCCGGCCCCCCUCCAGAAACCAAAGCCCCCUCCUUACCCAGCCCCGGCUCCAGCCCCGUGCCCCGGCCUCCGCUCGCCCCAAUACCAGCCACUCUCCCCGUCGCUGAUACCCAGCCCCCUCCGCCCUCUGGUGCCCAGCCCCCCCUCCCCUCCGCCCCGAUGCCCCGACCCCCCUCCGGCUAAGCCCCUGAUGCCAGCCCGCCCCCCAGCCCGGUGCCAUUUGAUGCCCAGCCCCUCCGGCUGGCCCCGCGAUGACCGGCCCCCUCCAGGAGCCAUCCCCCUCGUGCCCCCCUCCGGCUCCACCCCAGAACCCCACUCCCGGCGCUCCAGCCCUCUUUCGUGCCCGGCCCCCCUCCGUUCCGCCCCUGGGCGCUGGCCCCCCUCCCCGUUGAUCCGGCUCUGUUGGCUCCCUCCCAAUCGCUCUCGUGCCCAGCCCCCUCCAUACGCUACUCCUGCUCAGCCCCCUGGUACCCAGCCCCCUCCUUUGCUCACGCACACCGGUACCAAGCCCCCUCCCUGCUCCACCCCCUGGUACCCAGCCCCCCUCCCUGCUCCACCCCCUGGGCUGGUGGGAGGCCUUGUUGAGACAACAUCCCUGAAUUCUUUCCUGUUCUGGCAGUGAAGCUAGCCACUAAGGCAAACCCUAUGGAAGGAAAGAGCCUGAGACCAGAAAGUGUUCGACAUCAGCUCGAGACGUCACUCCAGCGGCUGAAGACUUCAAGCGUCAAUCUCUUCUACCUACACAUGCCGGAUCACCAGACACCAGUAGAGGAAACGCUAGCUGCUUGCCAAGAGCUGUACAAAGAGGUGCUGUACCCAACACUGCCAGGAAAACCACACUCUAGACUGGAGUUCAUCCAACCUUUUAUUUAAUGAUAGAUAAUGUAUUUAAAAAAAAAAAAAUCAAUCUAUAGAAAACUCACUAAAAUCCCCCUGAGAGCAAACAACAAGGAGUUCCUACUAAAGGGACACUAUAGUCACCAAAACAACUUUAGCUUAAUGAUGCAGUUUUGGUGUAUAGAACAUGCCCCUGCAGCCUCACUGCUCAAUCCUCUGCCAUUAGGAGUUAAAUCCCUUUGUUUAUGAACCCUAGUCACACCUCCCUGCAUGUGACUUGCACAGCCUUCCAUAAACACUUCCUGUAAAGAGAGCCCUAUUUAGGCUUUCUUUAUUGCAAGUUCUGUUUAAUUAAGAUUUUCUUAUCCCCUGCUAUGUUAAUAGCUUGCUAGACCCUGCAAGAGCCUCCUGUAUGUGAUUAAAGUUCAAUUUAGAGAUUGAGAUACAAUUAUUUAAGGUAAAUUACAUCUGUUUGAAAGUGAAACCAGUUUUUUUUUCAUGCAGGCUCUGUCAAUCAUAGCCAGGGGAGGUGUGGCUAAGGCUGCAUAAACAGAAACAAAGUGAUUUAACUCCUAAAUGACAGUGAAUUGAGCAGUGAAAUUGCAAAGGAAUGAUCUAUACACUAAAACUGCUUUAUUUAGCUAAAGUAAUUUAGGUGACUAUAGUGUUCCUUUAAUGUUAAAUUUAGUUUUAUUAGAUUGAUAGACAUACAUUAAUAAAAGGGGUAAAUGUGAGCACGUUAUAAUGAAGUGAACUUGCUGUAGAAUGUGUGUGUGUAGAACUGUAUUAGAAAUACACAGAGUAAAUGCCUCGUGUUUUAUAUUAUUGUAUGGGGUGGGGAGCAUUGCUCAGCGUUGUCCCUUAUAUUGUAAUAUUUCUAUAAAGCAAUCACUGAUCUUUAGACACAGUGAUAAUGAACAUGUCAGUCCAGGUGAUGCAUGUAUAGCCAUUAUUAAUGUAAGACUGCAUUUUUAUUGUACCAAUUUUGGGAAUAUUAGUGUUGUACUCACAAUCGAAUAAUGCCCCAAUUCCAUCGUGAUCUAAGGGAUUUCCCAGUAUUUGAUGCCAUGUGAUUCUCUGUGCUGUGCAGGAUGGCUGAUGUGGAUUUCUGGAUCUAACCCUGCAUUUUGCUAUAUUUCAGGGAAAGUUUAAGGAGCUCGGUCUGUCCAACUAUGCAUCGUGGGAAGUGAUGGAAAUCCAUUCUAUAUGUAAACACAGGAAUUGGGUGCUCCCCACUGUGUACCAGGUAAACCUAUCAAGCUGGGUUAGGGCUGCCUGAGGAUGAUGGGACAGUUGUAGUGUUAUUCUCAGAAUCCCUUUGCUGUUGUAUGAUUAACUUAUUUUGGUACAGGGAAUGUACAAUGCGACAACGAGGCAAGUGGAGACUGAGCUACUGCCGUGCCUGCGACAGCUGGGAAUAAGGUUCUAUGCCUACAACCCCCUUGCUGGUGAGCAUGGCUGUGUGGAUAACGAUAUCUAGACAGGGUUCUUCAUCACGUCUCAAUUGCUGGGUAUUUCAAAUUUAAUGCCAAAUUGGGGAGAAAGUCUCCAAGCUUUCCAAUUCAGGUCCUUUGGCCUAAAUUCCACUUUCAGGGUUAAUCAUUAAAGUCCAUAUUGUUACAAAUGAUUUCCAAAUACAAAACGCAGAGGUAAAAAAAGCUGAUCUGGAAAAAUUCUCCAACUCUGCUUUAAACAGAGAUUGACGAUUUCUUCUCAGGGAAAAUACCUGAAUAAUAUACUUCAAGGUUUCCAGCUUAGGGAAUAUGGAGCACUCAAGAAAUCAGACACAGGUUCAGUGUAAGUUGAUUUUUACAGUUUAAUGGGAGAGCAAAAACAGAACAGUGUCGACAUAAUUAAUAACUGGUGAUCGAAAGCAUAAUGUAACAGCUAGCAUAUUCUUAUCUAUGAGCAUUGGGCAUUGCAGUCAGCGUGUUCUUAAAUACAAGACACUUGGUACGUAGCAAUUCCACGAAUAAUGAAUUGCAUUUCAGCUAAAAGUUCUAAAACUAUAUACAGUGAUCAUAAGAAAAAUAUGUUUUAGUAAGUAGCCCUUCAUAUUCUGUCAUUCAGAAUUUGGGAAAAUGUUGGGAGUACCAGAUUAAAGGACCACUCUACGCACCCAGACCACUUCAGCUUAAUGAAGUGGUCUGGGUGCCAGGUCCAUCUAGGGUUAACCCAUUUUUUCAAAAACAUAGCAGUUUCAGAGAAACUAUGUUUAUGAAUGGGUUAAGCCUUCCCCCUAAUCCUCUACAGGCUGUCUCAUUGACAGCCACUAGAGGCGCUUGUGUGCUUCUCACUGAUUUUCCUAUGUGACCGGCUGAAUGCGCGCGCAGCUCUUGCAGCGCGUGCGCAUUCAGCCGACGGGGAGGAGAGAAGGAGGAUCGGAGGAGGAGAGCUCUCCGCCCAGCGCUGGAAAAAUGCAAGUUUAAACCCCUUUCCAGAGCCGGGCGGGAGGGGGUCCCUGAGGGUGGGGGCACCCUCAGGGCACUAUAGUGGUCCUUUAAGCAAAUUUAGUUUGUGUGUAGAUUGUUUUAAAGCACCUGUACACAGUCCCGGACUGGCCAUCGGGCAAACGCCCGGUGGGCCACGGGCCGAGGCCGGCCCAUGCAGUGCCAGCCCCGUUGUGUUCCAUGAAGGGCCGGUGGGGAGAUCAGAGAUCUCCCGCACCGGCCCACAUGCAGUCAAACGGGGCCGCCGGCGGGGAAGACAGCCAGCCAGGAGAGGAGGAUCCAGCGAAACUCUAAUUUGCAGCUCCGCCAGGUUUCUCUCGCAAGAUCCGGGCCGUUGGCUCGCUAGAGUUCACUUACCACGAGGACCACCAGGGAUGGAUGGCAGCAGCACGACUCUUUCCCUCCCCCCCCUUCCCAGCUACAGGUAAGAAGGGAGGUGGGUAUAAUGUGUUUGUUUUUUUUUUUAUAUUAUAAAAAAUAAAUACAUCAAUAUUGGCAAUUACCUGCCUCCCCCCAAACACACACCACCCUUACACAACACCCUAACACACACAAACACACUAUACAACGUAUGUGUGUAUAAUUUAUAUAUAUUACAUAUAUAUAUAUACAUACAUACACACACACACAUAUAUACACAUAUAUAUACAUACACACACACACAUACAUACACACACACUGCACCUAAACACAUUAAAUUCCAGACAAACAUUAGAUUCCUUACCCAACUCUGGAUCUUCUACAGAUAUAUACACACACACUAGAUCUCCUAUACACACUCUGGGUCUUCCAAACACACAUUAGAUCCCCUACACACACUCUAUCCCUUAUGCACACACUAGAUUCCAUGUAAGCAAACACAUUGUGUCUCCAUAAAUGGGAUACAGUGAGUAUCCCAAUUAUGGAAACCCCUGAGACAAGUUUCAAGCAAACAACGCAAGCAUGUUAUUAAAUUUGCUUGCACUGUUCAGAAAAAAAACCGGCCCCUUUUCUCAUGCCCUGUCAGAGCAUUGAACCCACAUGCUCUUUGAGAUGGGGCGUGCUUGUCAUUGAGGAUGACAUAACACACCCUAUCUAGCCCCACCCCUUUUUCAGUGGGCCGCUGUGCAUAAAAAAUGCCUGGGCUGAAUUUUUUCCCCAGUCUGGCCCUGCCCGUACAACACCAGGGUUCCAUAAGAAGGGGUGUGUGCAAUAAUAUGAAAUCUUUGCAUCCCAUCUGCACAGGCGGACUCCUCACAGGAAAAUACAAAUAUGAGGACAAAGAUAAUGAGCAGACCCCUUCAAGAUUUUUUGGAAACAGCUGGGCUGAAGUAUAUCGGGGAAGGUAAGAUUUGUGUAUUUUGGAUUUAAAGAGAUCUAUAGUAUUGGAGACUUGAUACUGAUAUGCUAUCAUAUCUAACAGGUACUGGAAGAAGCAUCAUUUUCAGGCCAUUGAUAUGGUCCAGCAAGCACUGGUGGAGGCAUAUGGGGCGAACUGUCCAAGCAUGACAUCGGCUGCACUUCGUUGGAUUUACCAUCACUCUCAGCUACAGGUAUGCUUGGCACCCAAUAUCUUAUUGGCUGCGUGUGACUACAACUGAUCAGCCAUAUUCAAAGGUCAUGUAUCAAGCUUUGUCAGAAAUAUGCAACACAUCCUUGUGCAAUGCUCACUUGGGCCAUAAACAGUCUAACACACCGACGUCUCACAAACAAAAUAGUUUACAAGCUAUUAAGGGAAAUCAUUAAAUAUAUAGUGAAGGAUUUAAAUUCAUGUAAUUGUAGGGGUUACAUAUUAAAACUUGCUGCUGCCCCACCAGUCCUAUGAAAAUGCAGUUUUGUUUGUGAUAACAUUCUCCUUGCUCUGGCAGGGAAGCCGUGGAGAUGCGGUAAUUUUGGGAAUGUCCAGCACAGAGCAGCUGCUCCAGAACCUGGCUUGCGCAGAGGAAGGUCCGCUGCUCCCAGCUGUUGUCACCGCGUUCAAUGAGGCCUGGAACCUGGUUGCUCACAACUGUCCAAACUAUUUCCGCUAGUGCAGGGCUGGAGCUGCCAACUGCACCAUGUUUUCCUGGCUCCACGUCUCUUCAAUAUGCUGUAGGACAAUGCAGGAAAAGUGCUGCUGUGCAGUACAUAUUCAGAGUGGCCAAAAAAAAAAAAACUGCCUUGAUUAUUAUUUUCAUUUAACUGAAAAACAUAAAUUCACAAUCCUGUAAGGCAGUAUAAUUGAUCUACCUAUCUGCAGUAAACAUUUCUGCCAGGGCCUGCAAUAAGCAAUGUGCCUUUUAGAGGAUAUAUUGUGGUGCAGCCAGGAAAAUAUGGUGAAUCUAGCAACCCUAGCGAGAGCACAAAGCCAAAACAAUGGCUUUGCAUAGUCACAUGUGAUUUGGAAUUGUCAGCAGACAGAAAUGCAUUGUAAAUCUAAAUACUACUGUUCCCAGCCUCCUGGAGUGCAGGACAGGGUAGGUGCCAUGCUGGUAAUUCAGCAAAUGGUUAAUCUAUAGAAAUUUGUGUGUGAUUUAUAUUCUGUGUGCUGGAAAUCAGAAUAAAGCAUUUCAUAAAAAGUUUCAUUAUUUAACUUAAUUGGGAUAAGUUGGGGCAGAGAUUUACAUGGUUAUUCACGACGGUGAGAAUUGACAGGAACUGAAAAUUACAUUUAGACCAAAAGAGCUGAAUUGACAUUUCUUCAAACAAGCUGUGCUUCCAGCUCAGUUAGUUUGGUCUUAAAAUUUGAAAUUUACUUUGAUGUGGUGACAAUUCUCCCUUCAGUGAAUAAUCCUGUUUGCAGACAAAGGGCUCAACGGAGAGAAAGAAUCUCAUUUUAGAAAAUGUACAAGAUAAAUCUAGCACUUACUAUAGCUCCUUACUGUAAUAGCUGGAUUUAAAAGGGAACAAUUGAACACGGAUCAAGAAAAAUAUUUCAAUAAGAGACUCAUGAGAUUAAAAUCAGUUGGAUUUUAUAAACAUAUUUUGUUACAAAUGUCAUCUGUUAAAACACAGUAACAUUGCUCUGGAGAGGUUAUUAUACAGCUGGGUCAACACAAGGCGGAGGAGAUGCAAGCUGCAGGGGCGAGACCCACGGCCAACUAUUCUGCUUAAUAUAUCAUAGGGGAAGGGGUCCUGGUACCACUUGCAGGUAUUUACACAAGAAAAAAAGUUAUCUAGAACAAAGUGUAGUCAACAGCAGGGAAAACGCUUUGAUCUGCAGCCAAGAAAACAAUUACAUUUUCAGUAUCCCAUACCUUCACACCCAGUGUCUGGUAGAAAAUGGAUACAGAUUCCUACUGUACUAAGGGCCCAAACCCAGAAUGCAGUGUCUGUUGUGCAAACAGGAACUGAAUCACACGAGUGUCAGUUAAAACAGGAGCUGCUCUAUCACCAGUUCUGAUGUGUAAGAGUCUCUUUAAUCUUCUUUCUCUUCCUCUUUUUCCUCCUCCAUCUCGUCACCACUCUGAUCAUCCCUUUCUUCAACAAAACGUUGGAACUCUCCUGUUUCCGCAAUCCACUUGGCUUUUAGGGUAACUUUAAACUCUGCCAUUUGAUAGCCAAACAGUUUCUGAAAUAGACAACAAAAAAAGUAUUUCAGACCAUUUUUCUGAAUGUUUCUUCAGUUUUGCAGACCUUACCCACUGAGAAUUCCAUUCAAUGUAUUCAGCCACUGACCAUGUGCAAUCCUCUUUAUCAGGAACUGGUAACAAUGGCCUGUCACUUAGCCCACAGUGCAAGAAGCAGGCAACAUGUGGGGGACAGGAAAAUCUAGUGAUCCCCAGCUGUCUCAGAUAAAAUAAAAUACUCCACUCACACAGCCUCUUCCUAAAUCUCUAAUGAACUCACCAAAUGUUCUUUAAAGGGUAUCUCUGCUUAGAAGGUAGGUGCAACUAAAGCUUUCAUCCAUCCCCUCAUUGAUUGAAUAAAG